AUGGUAGUAUCCAAGUGUCUAAGUUUAACACUCCAUGUUCCUCCUCACCCCACUAAUCCUUUUCUCAACCCAGUGGCACCCUCCAAAACUCCAAGGUUGUCUUACUCUUCCACCCAUCAUUUUUUGCCUUCAAAACUGAAAAAAAACUUCACUUCACCAUACAACGAUUCCUUAGCAAAAUUCCUCCCAAUGAAAUGUUCCAACUCUUCAAACUUCAUUUCACUACCUGAUUUGGAGUUUGAAUCUGAUCCCACUCUCACCAAUGAAGACCUCAAGCCAACAGCACAAAGUCAAAGGACAUUUUCAGGCUUUGAAAUAGCCAGUUUAUGGGUUGGACUAGUUGUUGGUGUUCCCUCUUACUACCUUGCUGGUAGCCUUGUUGACCUUGGCAUGGCUUGGUGGCAGGGCAUAGCAACUGUGGUGGCAGCCAACAUGGUCCUCUUGGUUCCUUUGGUCCUCACUGGCCAUGCAGGGACACGUUAUGGUAUAUCAUUCCCAGUUCUUGCUAGAUCCUCUUUUGGCAUCCAUGGUGCUCAUAUUCCUACCCUUCUAAGGGCCCUUAUUGGUUGUGGUUGGUAUGGAAUUGAGUCUUGGAUUGGUGGAGAGGCAAUUUUCCUUCUCUUGCCGAAGUCAAUGAAGGAAGCUUCAUUGUCCCAGCCUCUGCCUUGGCUUGGUACUUCCCCCCUUGAGUUUGCUUGUUUCUUGGUCUUUUGGGUGGUUCAAUUGGCCUUUGUGUGGAGAGGAAUUGAUGGCAUUAGAAAGCUUGAGAAGUACUCAGCUCCCAUAUUGGUUGCUCUUACUUCUUGCCUUCUUAUUUGGUCUUGUGUCAAAGCAGGUGGCAUUAGUCACAUGCUCUCUUUGUCUUCCAGGCUCUCUACAUCAGAAUUUUGGUCUGUUUUCUUCCCUUCUCUCACUGCCAAUAUAAGCUUUUGGGCCACUGUGGCUAUUAACAUCCCUGAUUUUACUAGAUAUGCCAAGAGCCAGAAGGAUCAAGUUAUUGGUCAAAUUGGGCUUCCCAUCUUUAUGGGGGCCUUCACAUUUGUUGGUCUAGCAGUCACCUCAUCCACAAAAGUGAUAUUUGGUCAAGUUAUUUCUGAUCCAAUUCAACUUCUUGGUCAAAUUGGUGGCCUUACUACAAGGAUCAUUGCAAUCCUUGGUAUAAGCCUAGCCAUUAUCACCACCAACAUUGCUGCCAAUGUUGUCGCACCAGCAAAUGCUCUAGUUAAUCUCAGCCCCAAAUGGUUCACCUUUAGAAGAGGAGCUCUUCUGACUGCACUCCUUGGGAUUGCUUUUCAACCUUGGAGGCUUCUUCAAUCAAGUGAGAGCUUUGUUUAUACUUGGCUUGUUGGAUAUUCUGCUUUGAUGGGUCCUAUUGCAGGGAUUGUUCUAGCUGAUUACUAUAUUAUACAAAAAACAAACUUGAAUAUGAGUGACUUGUACUCAAAGAGUCCUUAUGGAGCAUACAGGUAUUCAGGGGGGUUUAAUGUAGCGGCUAUUCUAGCACUAGUUAUUGGAGUUUUACCUGUGGUUCCUGGCUUCUUGCAGAAAGUUGGAUUUGCAACUUCAGUUCCUAACACUUUUGUUGUGAUCUACAACAAUGCCUGGUUUAUAAGCUUCUUUUCUGCUGGAUUCUUGUAUUUGGUUCUAUCAAAUUUGAGAGGGAAACCUGGGAACUCUGCUGCUAGAGAACCCCUUUUGCCUACUGCAAAGUAA